AUGAAGCAGGUUGAGCACUUGCCAGACAAGUACAUAUUGAAACGAUGGCUUCAAAGUGCGAAAAGCGGUGUAAUAUAUGAUAAGAAUCACAAAGAAGUUAACGAUUGCGUUGAUGGUUUGCUUUUGGUUAAGAGAUCGAAAGUUUGCAAAGUUGCAAGUGAGUUGAUUGAUUCGGCUUUGUUGUGUGAUGAAGGUUUUGAGUUGCUGGAAAAUUCUUUUGAGGACAUUAGUGGAAAGCUUACAAUGUUGGUGUCAUCAAGAGCUCAUGUCGAAGAACCCAAUGGAGAUGUCGGAACUAGUUAUCCCCAACUCAGAAUCAAAGAUCCACAUCGAGUGAAAGUAAAAGGGCAUGCGAAAAGAGUUAAAUGA